AUGGAGGAAUCUCUAAUGGCAUUUAUUGGCCACGAAGCAGCAGAGGGCUCUGCUGUUGCCGAUACCUUAGAGAUUCCUGAAGGUGAUGCAGAAGUAGAAGCUGGUGGUGACGAAGAUGUCCACAAUCCGGUUGUGGAUGAUAGAAAAACAACGAAAAAACAAGAUAGACUUGAAGAGUGUCUAGAAGUUCAGGCUGCAGCCAUGAAUACACUCUCACAGUCAAUUAAUAAUUUGGCUGCAGCCAUAAAUAAUUUUGCUGCAGCCCUCAAAUCCAUGGCCAAUAAAAGUGAUGAAUGA